AAAUUUGUCCAACUUUUAUUUCACGCCACCUUUCUUUCUAGAAACGACUUUAGUUUGUGAAGUUUUGACCUACAUAGCUGAACUUUGACCAAUCGUCAUUUUGCAAUCAUCACCAUGGCCUCUGGAAAAGCUCAGAUUGGCAAACCUGCCCCAGACUUCAAAGCUACAGCUGUAGUGGACGGACAGUUCAAGGACAUCAAGCUGUCCGACUACAAAGGGAAGUAUGUGGUCUUCUUCUUCUACCCACUGGACUUCACUUUCGUGUGUCCCACUGAGAUCGUGGCGUUCAGCGACCGGGCCGAGGAGUUCCGCAGUAUCGGCUGCGAGGUGAUCGGCUGCUCCGUGGACUCUCACUUCAGUCACUUGGCAUGGAUCAACACGCCAAGGAAGCAGGGAGGUCUGGGUACCAUGGAAAUCCCCCUUGUGGCAGACCUCACCAAGACCAUCUCCAAAGACUACGGUGUGCUGAAGGAAGAUGACGGCAUUGCCUACAGGGGUCUGUUUGUGAUUGACGACAAGGGCAUCUUGAGGCAGAUCACGAUCAACGACUUGCCCGUCGGCCGCUCCGUGGAUGAGACGCUGCGCCUGGUCCAGGCCUUCCAGCACACCGACAAACAUGGAGAGGUGUGCCCCGCUGGCUGGAAACCUGGUAGCGACACCAUCAUCCCCGACAUCGUGAAGAGCAAAGACUUCUUCUCAAAGCAGUGAAGCUCUCCUGGCCACUUCUUAACCGUAGCACUUGCCUUCAGAUGAGAGGCGUUCCUGUGAAGCAUUAUCUUAAUGGCGUCCAAUCGCAUUAAACCCAAAAAUUUCUAAACUGCUUAUAUAAAUCUGUAGUCGCAAAUCUUUUCUCUUUUGAGUCCAACUUACAAUUUGUGGAGGAGAACCUCAUAUUCUCAAGCACUGAAACUCCAGUUUUGGUCCAUUUUCAGAAAAUAAAUGGUAUUUUUCCUCGCUGUAAUUUAAUGAUUUGCUACCAUCUUUAUUAAAAGAGUGAAUCAAUAGUGA